AUGGCGUCUUCUUUGGUUGUCAAUAUCAUAACCAGCUUUCUUCUGCUCAUUACAGCUUCAUUAAUGGUUUUUCCGGCGGCCACAAAAGGAAUAGAGUGUGGAGAAGUGAAUAGGAUGUUGGUUCCAUGCAGGUCGUAUUGGUUCACGCCGGGGCCAUCGAUUCCGACCAUCGAGUGUUGUGCCGCCGCCAAGAAAUUGGAGGUUAUUUCCGUGUCAUCGGCAGCUGAUCGCGACGGUUUGUGUGAUUGUUUUAAGCAAACGAUUGUCACGUUGAACAUUAAUACAACCAAAUCCAAGAUGCUUCCCAAACUUUGUCAGCUCACUCCUUGUCCUUGCACCUAA